UGUUCUUGCAAAGAGCAUCGCCCUCGCCUUAAGGCUUUCCUUGGUCCGGGUAGCAGGAAGAGGGGGAAGGUCACCGGGCGGCAUUCCCGGCAGAGGCCCCUUUCGCUUUCACAUUCCCCGCUGGCGCUCAUGUGGCCAGGCCAGGGCGGCCUGCUUGCCACUCUCUUCCCAACCAGGCCUCUGCACAAGCCUUAGAGCCGUGUGGCUUGGGAACAGCAACGGCGAAUCUCCCUCCCACUCAUUUCCUUCUGUCCUUCCUUCGUGCUGCCUUUGUCAGUCGCUGUUCUUUCCCCAUCAAAGGUGUAAAAGCAAAAUGGUACAUGCUGAAGCUUUUUCUCGCCCGUUGAGCCGGAAUGAAGUUGUCGGCUUAAUUUUCCGGCUGACGAUAUUUGGUGCUGUGACCUAUUUCACCAUUAAAUGGAUGGUAGAUGCAAUUGAUCCCACCAGGAAACAAAAAGUAGAAGCUCAGAAACAGGCAGAGAAGUUAAUGAAACAAAUAGGUGUGAAAAAUGUGAAGCUUACAGAGUAUGAAAUGAGCAUUGCUGCACACCUCGUAGACCCUCUUAGCAUGCAUGUAACGUGGAGUGAUAUUGCAGGUUUAGAUGACAUUAUUACAGACCUGAAGGAUACCGUCAUUUUGCCAAUCAGGAAGAAACAUUUGUUUCAGAACUCCAGACUGUUACAGCCACCAAAAG